AUGGUGCUUCCAGUCACUCCCAGCAAGAACUUUCACCGUCAAUCAAACUCCCAAGUGAGGUUUUCUCUUCCUGACCUAGAUGAUGUCAAGGCGCCAGAAAAUAUACACGAUAUAAAAGAUUCGCCAACAAAGAUUGUCUAUCCAUCUGUGAAACUUUCAGGCCCAAUUGAGUCCUUCAACACGCCACAAGACCAAGAUCCAUAUAAAAACCGAAUUGGGUCUGCGAGCAGUAUGGAUCGAGAAAAUACACAGUUACUAGAUAAGCAGAUUAUGGAUUUGAGCUCGAAUAUAAUGAUUCAAGUCCCAAGAGAUGUUUGGAGGUAUCAUAACGAGAAAUUAAACAGGAAUGCCUCAAACAAAAAUGACAGUGCUACUUACAAACAUAAGAAACAAAAAUCGUUACAAUCAAUAAUAGUGAACACAAUAAAUUCAUUGAACACCACCACAGAGGAUGCAGAGCAUACGGAGAAUAGUUUUGAUGUAAGUGAUAUAAGUAACGUUUCUCCACUACGUCUAAAUUCUAAUAGUAAUCAUAACAGGACAAAAUCCUUACCGCUUCUAACAGCCCAUGGAGCAUAUGCUUUAUCACCAGAAAAGACUCCAAACUUAUACUUAACAACAGAUUCUCCUCUAAAUAAGUUUAAUGUCCCAAUUCCACUACAAAUAUCCAUACCACCUUAUCUUUCACCAAAAAAUAAAAACAAAAUACCAAACACUUUAGUCUACGAUGGAGCUGGUUAUAGUACAUACGAAGAAAGUUAUUCGGAGUCGAUUAGCGAACUGAGUAAUCAGGACAAACAAGAGCUAAACCUACAAGAUAGUAAUUGUUCGUCAAUUUUGGAUGCUUCUAGUAUAGAGUCAAUUGUUAGUUCCAUUGCGUCGGCAGAACAUAAAAUCACUUUAAAUAUAUUCAAUGAAGAUAAUAACAACGAUGACGAUAUAGAUAAUAUACUAGGUAUUGAUCAAUAUGCAAAUGUGAAUUUAAAAUUACAGAACAGAAAUUUAAGAAAUAGAAACUUUAAAAAACAGAAUGAAAAUAAUCAAACACAAAUUAAUAUGCCUCCUCUUCCUGUUUUAUAUUCCCACUCGGUAGAUAACAAAAAUAUUACAAAUCAAAAAAUUGAUGAGGGUAUAGCACAGGAUGAAGAAUCAAACUCUCUAGCAGUUUUAUCAACUCCAGUAAAAUAUAUCAACAUUCCAGAUUUAGAAAAAGAUAAAACUACAAAAACAAAAAAUGGUACGUUAAGAUUUUUUGAUAACUACGAGUCCUCAAUGGAAAACAUAUCACCAAAGUUUAAAUUAUCUGAUAAUGAAGGUCAACUUUCAAAGACAUUUAAAUUCCCUAAUAAUCCAAAAGCAAAUGAACCUGAUAGAGGGGGUACAAGUUCAGAGGUAACUAGAAAUAAUACUAUUUUUCCGGUUAUAAAUAAGGACAACAAUGAUUUUAUUAAAAUCGACAACUCAACCGUUACAGAUGAAUUUGAAAAAAGAAGACAGAUGUUACAACAAAAUAGACUCUCUCCAAAUAAUAAAAAUAUGAAACAUGCUCAUAGAAGAAGCAGAAGUAUUCAUAAUGCAGAUGACAUAUUUACUUCUUCUCCAGAAGAAAUGGAAAAAUCUCAGAAGGAUGUUCAUUCUGGAGACAUGUAUACAAAUGACGUAAACGCUCAAAAAUUCGAUGACAAAUCAACUUUAAACUUUAGUGAAGAUUCAAACAUAACAGAUAACUUAUAUCCUGAGACUACAACCCUUUCUCAGGAAAAGAUUGAAAACAAAUAUCAUCCUCAAACUGGUGAAACUUACCAAACUACAAAAUCUAAACAGUUAGAACUAGCCAUAAAUGAAGUUUCAGAGGCAGUAGCACAAAAAGAAGAUAAAAUACUGACUAUAAAUGUAAAGGAUUCUAAUAUGCAAGAUAUCAAAAACAACGUAGAAGUGACAUCCGAAAUUAGCACAGACGAAAAUAUUGAAACCGAAAUUUCAUCAUUAUAUGAAGAUUCUGAUUCUAAUAGUAUUGUACCAUCUUUCGUAGCAGUCACAGAUAAUAGUAAAUAUGACUCUAGUUUGGACAAUAUGACAAAUUACUCAUACCAAUCAAUGGAUGCUGAUGUUGAUAAUUCAAAGGUUCUGCUUUCAGAUAUUUCAAAGGAAGAACCAAUCCACCAAAAUAGAGGUUUACCAUGUAGUGAGACAUUACAGGAAGAGAAAUUUGACAAUUACAAAGUGUCUGCCAAUAUUGACAAAAUUGAUUAUAAAAUAAAACCUCUCUCCUCAUUCAAUUCAUUUCCCAUACCUUUACCUUCUAAUCGUGUUCAACCUAUUACAACUGUUCCAAUAUCAAAAAUGACACUAAUUGAAAAUCAAGUUACAGAAGUAAAUUCCUCUCCUACAAGAGCUCUUUCAGAUUCAGAUAGUUUACAAUCGCAUAAUUCAGAAUUUUCUAAGACAUCAUAUCAGACAAGUGUCAGUUCGUAUAAUCAAACUGAAACUAUGACUGUGAAAAUUGGUAAAAGAAAUAUUGUUGGAACUUCAAGAAACAUAGGUAAUAAUAACUUUGAAUUUCCUACAAGCAGAAAAGCUAAUAAAUCGUUUAAGAGAGAAAUUAUUAGACAAAAUAAGAAAUUGGAAGAUCUCCCAUAUAGGAGCAUUGAGGAACAUAGAGAAGGAAAACCUGUCGAAGUUAUCAUUUUAGAUGAAAUAAAUGAUACAGAAGAUAAAUUAUCUCAUAAUAAUACUGUUAAAAUGCAUCAAAAUUCAAAAAGUUUAGGACAAUUUGAGAAUGUUAAAUUCACAGACAUAAACUCCAAAAAUCAUGUAAAGUUGAAGAACAGAAAUUCGAUUAUUCAUAAGAGAACUAAUUCAUGCCCAUCGCGUGAAGAACUGUUACAACUAUGUGAAACUGUUGCUGAAGAGGCUAAGGGUAUAAUAUAUGGUUUAGUUAACCAAAAUAUUAAUAACGCAACUUUAUCACAAAAUGUUCAGAAGCCAUCUUUACCAAAUUUAACAAUUCUUAAAAAUCAUAGUUGGAAGGUAGUCUCUCCAAAUAUUGAACAACUACCUUCAAAGUAA